AUGAACCUUAUUCCUUUCUAUAGAUCUAUCCUGAAAGGCAUUCAUGCCGCCAAAGACUCUCCACAUCAUUUGAAAGACAUACGUUUUAUUUUAUCCUAUCCAUCUAUAGAGGAUGUUCAGAGUUCAUGCAAUAUCUACAAUGUGAAGAGAAAGAUGAUGAAAAAGAAGAAGGAGAACUCCAAUGAGGAAAAGGAAUCACAACAACAGGAAACAAUGGAUCCAAAUCAUAUUGUACGUAUUUGUUGUGAAGAUCUUCGUCGUGUAUUUCUCCCCGAUCCAUGUAUUCCCAAAAGUGCGUUAUUAACAUCUUCUAUUUUAUCACCUGCCGCCCAGCGAUUUAUUCAUAUGCGUGAACUCUUAUGGAUUAAAGAGAGAUUGGAGGAUAUUGGACGUUAUCAUAAGGAAAGAGAAAACGUAGAAGAAGUUGGGGUUCAUGCUGAGAAGGAUCCCAAUGUGUUGGAGUUUUUAGAUGAUGAGGUCUUCUCACGUGAGAAUCGUUCUCCUGGUGGAAAUGGAAAACAUCUGAGAAGAGAAAAUGAAAAGAAUGAGGAUGGUGAUAUUCUUGCCCUUCAUGAGGAUAUUAUUUCUCCUCCAGAUACAGCUAAUAAUGAUAAUAAUGUUAAUAAUAAUGUUAAUAAUGAUUAUGAUGAUCCUAACAAUACAGAGAAGGAUUCCAAUCUCAUGGAUGAGAAAAUAAAUAAAUUUUAUCGUGAAAUUCCCACCAUAGGAGACUUACAUGGACUUGGAGAACCUGUAUUAAGAAUACGUACUUCACCUUUCCAUUUAACUAAACAAUACUUAAAUUCCUUUGGAUUAAAUCCACAGACCUUAACAGAGGUAAUUACUUCCACAGAAAAAUUAACACAAUUCCUUCAACAACACAUUCCUCGUCGUGUUACUUGUCAAAAUGAAAAUAUCACACUUACAGCCACUGUUCGCCCUUUUGAUAUCACACUUGGGAAGUGGUGUGAUGGGAAGAGACGAGAUCCUUUUGAACAGGCACGUCGUACCUUUAUUCUGCAGUUUUCAUUAACGCCAAAUAAUCCUUCUUAUGUAGUUGAGAUGGUAGAUGCCUAUUUGUUACGAUUGGAUGUGAGAUCAUCACAGCUUAUAGAAGAAUUCUCUCACAGGGAUUCUUCACGAUUAUUUUGGAUGAUGAAUGAACAGUCUUUAGAGAAGAAUCCCACCAACACUACCAGCAGCACUAGUAAAAGUAAUGAUCUCGAAGAAGUUGCUGGAAGUAAAGAUAAUAAUAAUAAUAAUAAUAAUAAUAAUGAUAGUGGUAUAUCAAAAAGAUAUGAGUUGACGAUAUCUAACCCAAGUAGUAAUCCAACUGUUAUGAAGGGUCAACUUUAUUAUGUUCUUCGAAUGAAGGAUGAUAAUGACAAGGACGAAAUGGGUUUGCAUAAGCUUCCUAUUUUUAAUAUUUCCUUUGGACAUCUGCUUUUUUCUAAUGAUGAUUGA